CAAAGGGUAGGACUUGGUAGCAGCAUGCACUGUGCUUUCUGUUUCAAGCAAAGAGAAAGAAGAGAGAGAGAGAGAUUUAGUUUUAGCAUUUGUUUUAUUUAUUUGGCAUUGGUGCUUGUGCUUGAGAAAGUGUGAAACAAAGAAAGAAAAAAAGAAGCAUGCAGUAUCAUCAGGGUCAGUGUGAUGAGUAGUUUCACUGAAGAAAGGUUGGUUUCUUUUUAAGAAAAACAAAAAAACAAGUUCUCAUGCUUAGGUACGCGUGCUUUGAUGGGAAGUGAUGAGUUUUUAGCCCCACCUCGCUCAAAGAAAGAAUGAAAAGAUCUGCAAAUUGUUUCUUUUUUCGCAGGUUUUGUUCCUUGUUCUGUUGUUGGAUUCUUUUGUUUUUGACAACAAAUGAGAUUGAUAGGUAGAUAGAUAGCAUGAUAGAUUCUCUAUGUUAAGAAGAAGAAUAUGGUCCCUUGUUUUCUACCACUCUUUUGUUCUUCCUUCUCUGCCCAACAACAACACAAGCAACUGAGGGUGUGGAAGGAGAAUUCAUCAGUGUUUAGUGUGAUGCUUCUUGUGAAUUGAAGACGUGGAAAAACAGGUUCCUCUAGUCUUGUGGUGGAGCAUAGGAAUAAUAUAUUGAAUGGCUUCCGUAGAAGAAAAGAUUAAAACUGGAGGAGUAGGAGUAGGUGUUGGUGUUGGAGUUGUUGGGGGUCAAACUCAAACUCAAAAUCUUGUUGCUGAGAUGAAACUGCUGAAGGAUUGUGGGGUGAGAAGGACUUUGAACUCAGAGUUAUGGCAUGCUUGUGCUGGCCCUCUUGUAUCAUUGCCUCAAGUUGGGAGCCUUGUGUAUUACUUCCCUCAGGGACAUAGUGAGCAGGUGGCAGCUUCUACUAGAAGAACAGCAACCUCACAGAUUCCAAAUUAUCCUAGUCUCCAAUCUCAGUUACUGUGCCAAGUUCAAAAUGUCACACUACAUGCAGACAAGGAGACAGAUGAAAUCUAUGCUCAAAUGAGUCUCCAACCAGUGAAUUCUGAAAAAGAAGUAUUUCCUAUAUCUGAUUUUGGGACAAAGCAAAGUAAACAUCCCAGUGAGUUUUUCUGCAAAACUUUGACUGCUAGUGACACCAGCACACAUGGUGGCUUUUCAGUUCCGCGAAGGGCGGCAGAGAAGCUCUUUCCUCAAUUGGAUUACACAAUUCAGCCCCCAACACAAGAGCUUGUGGUUCGUGAUUUGCAUGACAAUACCUGGACAUUUCGACAUAUAUACCGGGGUCAGCCAAAGAGACACCUUCUCACCACAGGGUGGAGUUUGUUUGUAGGCUCAAAAAGGCUUAGAGCAGGUGAUUCUGUUCUUUUUAUCAGGGAUGAGAUAUCGCAAUUGCGAGUUGGUGUGAGGCGUGCUAAUCGUCAACAGACAACACUGCCGUCAUCAGUACUCUCUGCUGAUAGCAUGCACAUUGGUGUGCUUGCUGCUGCAGCUCAUGCUGCUGCUAAUCGCAGUCCAUUCACUAUUUUCUACAAUCCUAGGGCAUGUCCGUCAGAGUUUGUUAUUCCGCUGGCUAAAUACAGAAAGGCUGUGUAUGCGAGUCAGCUCUCAGUUGGCAUGAGGUUUGGUAUGAUGUUUGAGACAGAGGAAUCGGGUAAGCGCAGAUAUAUGGGCACAAUUGUUGGUAUCAAUGAUGUGGAUCCUUUGAGGUGGCCUGGUUCUAAGUGGCGAAAUAUUCAGGUGGAGUGGGAUGAACCAGGGUGUGGUGAUAAGCAGAAUAGAGUUAGUGUAUGGGAUAUUGAGACUCCUGAAAGCCUUUUCAUCUUUCCUUCUUUGACUUCAAGUCUGAAAAGGCCAUUACAAUCUGGACUUUUAGAAAAUGAGUGGGGAACUUUGUUAAGAAAACCUUUUAUAAAAGCUCCUGAAAGUGGAGCAAUGGAGCUCUCAAGCUCAAUACCAAAUCUAUACCAAGAACAACUCAUGAAAAUGCUUUUUAAACCCCAAGCUGUUAACAACAAUGGAGCUUUUCCUUCUCUCAUGCAACAAGAAUCUGCUGCUACAAGAGGUCCCUUGCAAGUAGAUAACCAAAAUGUUCAUCUUGCAAGUACAGGGAGCAUGACACUAAAAAAUCCAUGCUCACAAUCUUCCCAAAACUCUCAAACCACACUGCUGAAAAGUGAUCAGCCUGAAAAAUUGCAUCCUCAGCCCAGAAUUGACAAUCACCUAACUUCUGGAACAGUCACUGACAACAAGUCAAGGUUAGAAUCUGAGGUGUUAGAUCAUGUGUUGGACUUUCCUUCCAUGGAAGGAUGCAAGAUUGAAAAAAUGGUCACAAAUCCUAUUAACCCUCAAAACCUAGCAAGCCACUUGACAAUCAAUAAUCAAAACCAGAAUCCAUUACUCCCACAAUCCAGUACAUGGCCUAUGCAGCACACUCAGUUAGAAUCAUCCUUAUCUUAUCCCCAAGUUAUUGACAUGUCCCAAUCUGAUUCGGCUAUUGUGAAUGGCACACUUCCGCAGCUAGACAUUGAAGAAUGGAUGGCAUAUUCUUCUUGCCAACCUUUUGCUGGACAAAAUAGAUCGAAUGGGCCUUUCUCAGAUUUUCAAGAACAUGCCUCACUUCAAGCUCAAGUAGUGAAUAAUCCCUCUUUAACUUCAACUAACCAAGAAGUGUUAGAUCAUUAUGUCAAGAAUUUGAAGUUUUUCUCCCAAGCUGAUCAACUAACAUCCAUCUAUGGCUUCAACGGUAUAUCUAGUUCAAACAACUUGAGGGAUCUCUCAUCUGAAAGCAAUAACCAAAGUGAAAUUUGUGUGAAUGUUGAUGUUAGUAACAGUGUAAAUACCACAACAGUUGAUCCUUCUACUACUUCAAGUACCAUUUUGGAUGAGUUUUGCACAAUGAAAGAGAGGGACUUUCAGCAUCCACAAGAGUGCAUGGUGGGAAACUUGAGUUGCAGCCAGGAUGGCCAGUCUCAGAUAACCUCAGCAAGUCUAGCAGAGUCACAUGCCUUUUGUCUGAGAGACAACUCAGGUGGCACAUCUUCAAGCCAUGUUGAUUUUGAUGAUAGCAGUCUUCUGCAGAAUAACUCAUGGCAGCAAGGUUCUACUCCCAUCAGAACCUACACCAAGGUGCAAAAGGCAGGUUCUGUGGGAAGAUCAAUUGAUGUCACUACUUUCAAGAACUAUGAGGAGUUGAUUCGCGCAAUUGAAUGCAUGUUUGGACUCGAUGGUUUGUUGAAUGACACUAAAGGUUCCGGGUGGAAAUUGGUGUAUGUAGAUUAUGAGAGUGAUGUUCUACUUGUAGGUGAUGAUCCUUGGGAAGAAUUUGUGGGGUGUGUCCGGUGUAUCAGAAUUUUAUCACCUUCAGAAGUUCAACAGAUGAGUGAAGAGGGCAUGAAGCUUCUGAAUAGUGGAGCCUUGCAAGGGAUCAAUGUUUGAGUUUUCAGGUAGCACAAAAGAGCCACUAAGCUAUGCAUUGUGAUUUUCUUUUAAAGUAAAGGCAUUUGUUGUGGGACAAGUGUAGUUUUACUUUGUCCUUAUUACAAAGGUGCCAUUUAAUGCAUAAACUGUGAAUCACUUGACAAAGAUCGGAGCAAUUAGUAGGUAUGGACCAAAUAUAUCGAAGUUUAUGUUCCAAUGAGUCAACAGUUACAUAUACCUUAUGUUGUAAGGAAUUCUUGCAGGCAAGUGGAAAUAUUGUUCUUAAUGCUA